CGAAAGAAGAAGAUGCAUAAACAACAUAAUUUUGCCGGAAAAAUAAAUAAUUUGUAAAUAUCAAUUAGAAAUGCCCACUUUAAUAGCGCUGGAUGCAUCGCUAUCGAUGCUUCGUCCUGUGCCAGGACGAAAUGAGCACACCUACCAAUCGCUGGCCAUCAAGGGGAUUCAGCAUUUGCUGGACAAUCUCACGGCGGCCGGAAAACUGGAGCACCUUGCUCUACUCUUCUACUCGACCACAUCGGAACUCAAAGUGGAUUUCACCAGGGACUAUGACCAAAUCCGGCAGGCCGUGAAAAAAGUGGAACCCGUGGACAAGGCCUGCUUGGCCAGCAUGCUCAAGGCUGUGGUUUCCAUAAUGUCCCCAUGGGGCAACCAAAACAUCCUCCAAGUGGUCAUCUUUACGGAUUGUGGCCUCGGAUUUGGCAACACCUCCAUCACUGGCUUCCUGGAAGCCUAUUCCGGCAAGGAUUCAGAACCGGAGUUUGCUUUCCUCAAAACCCUGGCCAACUACAACCUGAACUUCAUUUGCUUGGGCCUGCAUGGUGAUCACUAUUUCACUAGAGGAUUGGCUGUGUAUCAGCAGCUACUGGACAAGGUUUCACUAAAGGGCCAGCUCUUUAUGACAAAACCUGUGAAAACGCCCGAAACAGUGGAAGGAAAUCCCAACCCAACCCCGAAUCCCAGCCACAAAAGCGAACUAGGACGCACUACAGUUUUUGAGUUGAUUGAGCGUCUGUGUGAGACGAGCUACAAAUCCUCGGAGGUGACCUUAAAAUGUGGCAGCUAUUUCCGCAUGGAGGCACCUGUUUUGCUCUGGCCACCCACGGCACCUUAUGAGCAGAAAUCCUCAGUUUUUGGCCGAGAACCCACCAUUCGGCACAUAGACCAGAAGAUUGAGGUGUGUGGUUUCCUGGCCCUGUCGGAUAUUGGUUCGCCAGCCACUUGGAGUCGUCACUGGGUGCUGCCGAAAGUGGAGCGGGAAAAGAGUGGCGGUAGCCGAAGAUCUGGCAGUUUGCCGGCAGCUGCCAAGCCACCAAAACUCAUGGACAUCAGUAAUCCCAACUAUGAGCUGGAGAAGCUGGAAACAGAUAUCAAAGACUUCUACGCCAAGGAUCCAAAGGAAACCGAGGAGAGUGGCGAUGACGAUGUGACGAUUGUCUUGAAACCAGGUCCGCAAACGGAACAGCAGAAGGAAAAUUUUUGCGUCCUGCUCCAUGGAGCCCUGAAAAUGGAGAACAUGGCCGCGUUGGUUAAAGUGGGCGACAAGUGGUAUGGCUUCAUAUACGCCUUCACCGAUGGAAAAAAGAAAUCGAAUCUAAUGUUGAACAUACUGCCACCCGGCACCAAUGUAAUACCUUGGCUUGGAGAUCUGGAAUUGCUGGGAUUUCCCGAGGAUCUGGCACCCGGAGAGACAGCCAGUUUUCCGGUGCGUGCCGAUCGGCGGUCUUAUUCGCAGAGCAGUGUUGUAUGGAUUCGACAGGCCAGCCUGCAGUCAGAUGUCCAGAAAGUAUUGCGACACGCCAAGAAGAUGCCCGAUAAGACGCAGCAUUUCUACAAGGAGCUGAACAGAAUUCGAAGGGCUGCCUUGGCCCUGGGUUUCGUAGAGCUGCUGGAGGCAUUGGCCAUGCUGCUGGAGAAGGAGUGCGCACAUCUCAGCCUAAAUGGAGCCAGCAAUGAGUGCACCCUGCAGCUGCAACAUGCGGCCACGGAGCUGCGAAAGACCUCGAAUAGAGACAUUAAGUCCACGAUUAUACCGCUGCAGAAAGUGGGAGCUUCCGAUGCGGGGAGCACAGCUGCCACGGCUCCUGCUCCUCCAUAUAUGUACUAAAAUAUAUGUUGUGUCUAUUAUGUA